AUGCGAGAAGCUUUGGCGGAAGCAGGCAAAGACAGGGCUAGAUUUGAAGAGAAAUUCAUGCCGAUAGGACUGGUACCUGACGUAACGGAGCCUUGUCCUAUACUAGUUGUCCAAGCGAAUCUGCAUCCGGACGGGGUGCUGCUAUCUGUCGCUGCAAACCACAUGGUUAUGGACGCAACUGGAAUGGGAACUGCGAUAGUAAUGUUCGCUGAUUGCUGUCGUCAAGUGGAACAGGGCAAGGACAUCGAUAUGUCAGUUUAUGCUGCUGAGCAAGACAUUGGCAAAGAAAUGCUCCUGUAUCGCUUGCCAGCUUAUAUUGGCGAAAGAGAAUUCUCCGAAUACCGGGUACACAAGGACCUUUAUGCCAAAUGGGAGAAGAUGACACAGAAUGUACAGAAUGAUUCUUUCUCCAUCCGCACGAAGAACUUCAAUAUCGCGGCAAAGGAUGUUAAUGCACUAAAAGGCUGCUGCAAUGAGCUCCUCCCGCAUUUACUUGUUGAUGAGGGCCACAGCGUUGGAGAGGAGGAAUCUCAUGACAGGCCGUGGGUUUCCAGCAGCGACGUGGUGAUCGCUCUGGUCUGGCUGUCACUGACCCGUGCACGAUAUCCUGGGCUGACGGCGGAUAAUUGCAACUCUCAUUCGAAGCGUCAAGCAGGAGAACCCGCAUAUGUUGGCGUCGGGGUGCCUGUCGACAUUCGUCAUCGCGUCACACCUCCACUUCCUACGUCAUAUCUGGGCAACGCAGCCAUCCUUAUGUUGGUCAACCAACCUCUCCAAACCUUUGCUUCCCACGAAUGGAUGAGAACACUCUGCCGUGUGGCGUAUGGUAUUCGCUGUGGGCUUAGUCGUAUGGACAAUGAUUACAUCCGGAGCCUUCUUCAUUAUGUCCAAAACGAAAAGUCUCCUGUCAUUUUCUCAUUCGACGUAGCCAAUUUCUAUGUGAGUAACUGGCGGGACAUGAACUUCUACAACGCCGACUUUGGAUCGAAGAUGGGGAGGCCUCAGCAGGUCAGGAAUCCUGACUCCGCCACUGAUGGAGUUGUCUUCAUUAUGCCUAAACGCCCCAAUUCAGAAUCCCCGUGGGAGGUUCAGGUAUCUUUUAAUGAUGAGGUACUACAGCGGCUAGAGCGCGAUAGUAUGUGGACGAAGUACAUGCUUCAGGACUCAUACUGGCCAUGA